CGUUGUUGUCUGUCACUGUUGUUCGUUGCUGUUGCUGCAGUUGGAUCACCAACGUCCUUCUAAAAAAAUUAUCGAACUUUACCGUUAUCCUUAUUACUGUUUAGAAUAGGUUCUUUUUGGUAUAUCUGUAGUAACAAAUCCUGCAUAUAAUUUCGCUGAGAUUAGAGGAUUCAGAAAGCCGUAUAUGGCCAUUUGUGUGUGCGGAGACAAGCAUGUCAAGGAAAUGCUCGAGAUCAGUGAAUUCUAUUUUUUAAUCGUUUGAAUUUCUAUUUAUAAUUGCCAGUGCUAUUUUUAACGCAAGUUGUCGUCGAACGAAGAACUACAAUGAAUGUUUUUUCCAGACGAAAGUUGAUUACAGCUACUAGAAACAGGAACAUUUUUUUCUUGUUACCAUUAUGGCUUCAAUUACUAAGAGAUCAUGGAAAUUCCAGGACUUCAUGGCACACAUGCCAAUGUGAAUUGGCUUGGCUCUGGGGCACAAAUCAGGAAGGGUGAUGGUAACAGGAGGCGACGACAAAAAGGUGAAUCUUUGGGCAAUUGGAAAACAAAAGCUGUUUUAUGAGUCUUAGUGGACAUACCACACCUGUGGAUUGUGUGCAAUUCAACCAGCUGGAAGAACUUGUUGUGCCGGAUCAAGAGCUGGAGCUUUGAAGGUGUGGGAUCUAGAAGCAGCUAAACUGGUACGCACCCUUAACGGCCACAAAUACGCCAUAAAAUGCAUAGAUUUCAACCCUUACGGGGACUCCUUAGUCUCAGGCAGUGCCGACGCCUCCGUAAAAGUAUGGGACACUCGCAAAAAAGGCGCCAUAUACACCUACAAUGGUCACAAAGGCACAGUGAACAGUGUCAAAUUUAGCCCAGAUGGCCAGUGGAUUGCCACGGGAGGCGAAGACUCCAUAGUGAAAAUCUGGGAUGUACGAGUGGGUAGAGUACUGAAAGAUUUCCAAGACCAUGGGAAUCCAGUGACAUGUGUGGAAUUUCAUCCGCAUGAAUUCUUGUUGGCUAGUGGAAGUAUGGACAGAUCAGUGCAUUUCUUUGACCUGGAAAGUUUUAACUUAGUGUCUAGCGAGGGAGAAGUGGGAGCUGUCCAAUGUUUGUGCUUCAAUCCAGAUGGGAGUGCUUGUUUGUGGGAACCAGAGACUUUUUGAAAAUUGUUGGAUGGGAGCCAAAUAGGCUGUAUGAUUCAGUGCCUAUGUAUUGGGGUAGAGUCAGUGACAUAUCCACUGCUUCCAAUCAGUUGGUCGGUGCCUCCUUCCACCUGACCAAUGUCCAAGUAUACGUUGUAGAUCUAAAGAAAUGCCGACCGUUCGGCCCUGGUUCGCCAACUGGCUUGACGCCGCCCUCGCUGGUCGACACGCGCGUCAACGUCAACGUCAGCCCGUUCGCUGCCAAUCAGAGCGUGAGGAAAAGCUUCUCGAAGGCGGACCGACCGCCGUCGCUGCGUGAACGCCGCCCACCAGAGGUCAGGACGAUCGAGGAAAGCACGUCAGGGACGGAUCCGGAAGAGGACAAUCAGGCGAAUAUUACGAAUUUGAAGGAUUAUAACGAGAUUUUCAGAGGGAGAGGUCUAAACAGAACGCCACCUCCAGAGCCUUUCCAAGAACCCGAGAGGGAUGAUCCAGAUCCCUCGGAACCGCAGAUUUUAAGCAAUAUAAUAAGUGAUAACUUCGAAGCUCUAUCUUUAGACAAUAAUAUAAACAAUUUUAAGAAUCAUCAUGCUCCAGAUACCAAUCAGUAUUCCAGAUCGAAAUCUAACCUUGACCAAGUGUAUCAUAGUAGAUUAACGAAACAACAGCCCCCAGUGAGAGAUCUUCCUUCCUCAGAAAACCAGACAGAGAACAAUAAUAAGAAUAGCACCAACAAAAAUAGACAAUCCGGUUUUCGGUUGCAGAGACAAAGUAGUUGUAAAGAUGUACCUGAACGGCCUGAUAGAGCCAAUGCCAAAACUAGUAGUAUCAAACAUAGUGUCUCCGAGGCGAAUAUUAACAAAGGAGGCAUCAGUUCUCGGACCUCUUCCCGCAAGAACUCUUUUUCCAGACCAACAGCGACACGCAACUCCAGCGUUCCCAACGUGUCUCGGGUACCGGCCGCUCCUAGAGUGGCUGCCAAACCUCCCAUCCCUCCUGUUGAGUUGUACCUGAGCAGGACGUCUCCAGAGAAGGAGGUGCCUGUUGACGAUGAAGACGAGUUCGUACCGGUGUCUAUUGACAGGCCCGUCGGUUUGGAUCUGGACGAUUUCCUACCUAAAAACCACACAGCUCCAGGCUUCCAACAACAAUUAGCGAACAUGUCGGAGGCUGAGGUGUUAGGCGUAAUCAUCCGAGGACACGAACCAACUACGGGGAUCCUGAACAGCCGAAUUCGGAGUCUGAAACUUGUGAUAGCGCAGUUCCGGACGAAGGACAUGCGAGCUGCCAUCGACACCGCCAUUUCCAUUGACGAUUUAGCCGUUCUGGUUGAUAUGCUUAGCAUCAUCAAGUCCAAAUACUCACUGUGGAACUUGGAUCUAUGCGUAGCGGUAUUACCAAAAAUGUUGGACUUGCUUCAAAGCAAAUAUGAAACGUACAUUACUGUAGGUUGUGAUACACUGAAAUUAGUUUUAAAACACUUUGGACCUGUGAUAAAAAGCAACAUUCAAAGUCCUGUCGGAUCUUUUGGUGUUGAUAUACCGAGAGAGGAGAGGUACCAAAAAUCUGUCAAGUGUCAUGAGAUGCUCAGUCAAAUAAGGUCUUUCAUAGUGAAGAAACAGAGUUUACCAAGCAUAGGAAGUUCGUUCCGCGAAGUGCACGAACUGAUGUGCAACUUCCUGGAUUGACGCCAAAGACUCGGACACGUGACAGGCGUCCUUUACAGAAACAUCAGCGUCCAAGUUGGUGGCGGAUGGUGCGGUGACAUAUCGCUCAGAAGGAGAUUUCCAUGACUCAGACGAAAGUAGAAGCUGAGUGUAUUCUUGUCCACUGUUCUUUUUUGUCGCAUAGGUAACUUUCAGCAAGAAGUUUACAUCUGUCCAGGGCUAUCAAAUAUGCCUAUUCAAACAAGUGAAAUGAACCGUAUACUGUAGUCUAAUCAUAUUACCAAAUGUCCCCGAAAAAGUUGUAAAGUCUGGUUUUAUUGCUGCAAGUUGUUCAAGGGGGUAUUUAAAAAAAAUAUGAACGCCUAAAAUGAGUACACCAAUUUUUGUGGGAAAACUUUUUAUUUGACAACAAAGAAUGAGAAAACGGGUUUUUGGGAUUCUAUGGAAAAUGUUGACAGGAACGAAAACACUUUUCAUAUAAGAUUCUUAGGUAUUCAUGAGACCUACACGUAAAAAGAUCCGGCUAAUAGCAAAAAUGUUAUGGCCGAAAAACGGGGUAAAAUGCAGGUUUUGCUUCUACACAAAUUGAAACAUUUCGUAUUUGUGAGUAAUUGAACAAAUGCGCUACGAUAUUCGAAAAACAUACGUUAUUAUACACAUUUUAAAACAAAGCUGUUGUGUAUAUCAUCUUUUGUUGCGAAUUACUCACAAAUACGAAAUAUUUGAAUUUGUAUAGAAGAAACAACGUAAGCUUUGAUUUUCACAUAAAAAUAACAUGUAUCUUUCGGAAUGGUUUGUGAUUCAUAUCGGGAAGGUAAACACGUGUAUUUUGCUAUUAAAUGCUCUUCGAAGGAACCCUCUAUAUUGCUCAAUAAACUAGUAGUGAUGACCGAAAAACAGGUGUUUUGGGAUAAACAAUUGGAAAUUUUCAAAAAACUACUUGACCAAUAUACUCUAAUUUUGGUCUUGUUAUUUAGAUGUAUGAAUCCUACGAAGAAUUUCAAAUAUUUGCGAGAAACCAUCAUCGCAUUACCACCAAGUGUCAAAACCUGCACGUUGCCUCGGUUUUCGGCCAUAUCUUUUUUGCUAUUAGUCGGAUCUUUUUACGUGUGAUCUCAAUUUGUAGGUCUCAUAAAUAUCUAAAAAUUGGUGUUAGACUAUCGGACUGUCAGAUUCUCACGACACCAUAAGUUGAAAGUAGAAACUCGAAUCUUUUUGCGGUAUAUAGGGCGUCUAGAAUCAACUGCGUCCUUCUAUUUGGCAUAAAUAAAUCAAAUGAGAAAUAGUGACGAGACGUCAAGUGAAUGUCGGUGUCCCCAAGUUAGGGCUCCAUCAGGUCAUUUAACUCAACCAAAAAACUAGUGAACACUAUCUGAAAGUAUCACAGCAACUUCUUCAUGUUGGCAAUUUUAAUAAGAAUCGAGCUAAAAUGGUGGACAGGAAUACCUCUUUAUGGUGCUAUGGAAGGGAGAGAGAGAAAAAUCGACUAACAUCUGGAUGAAGAGGAUACGACAAUGCUUAAGGCUGUGGUAUAAGGGGGAAGCUGGAUGAUUUGAGGGAUAAUACAAAGUGGGUCCAGGAUGUAUUGUGUACGAACUAAGACUAUGCGAAACUUGAAACAUUCGCGUGUCAAUCUUCCGGCACAUAUUUUACAAACGAAGUAGUUUUUUAGCUAGAACUAAAUGUUUUAUCUUCAAACAAUCAACAAAUCAAUUUCUAAUCCUUAUAGGAACGGAUAAAAAUGCAGAGCACUUAAAAUAAAGAGAAAUUUUAUAUGAAUACAUGGUACGACCACAGAAUAGUUAUACCAAGUGAGGCAGCUUCGCCUCGUAAGGAAGAGUAUCGUAAAAAAGGGAAUUUGUUUGUUAUCUCACUGUUGAACUGCCCCACUUUAGUCGAAUUAUUUUAACUCGUAGAACUCGCACUAUAGCGCGGCAAAGUUGCGAAUCUCCCCAGAUUAUAUCUGCUAUUCUUUUCUUUCUCUCGUGCAUAUCGAACUUCUAACAAACAUUUUUAAUGAGAGGAAUCAGGAUUGAAGAUAAAAUUAUUGUAAAGAAAACAUGUAAGCUUACAAACAUACACAGCUUCAAAGAUUUUAUCGCCAAUGGAUAAGCCUUCCACAUUUAUGCUUGUUACUGUCAGUGUGACAAGUUGCUUGUAAUGGGCGUGUGAUUUAAGUUCACCACUUGUUGAUCUCAGUAUUUAUGUUUUGGAGAAAAAUUUCAAAGAAAGUUAAGAACAUGUGGAACCAACUUUUGACGAUAUUACAUCUAAACCUAAGAAAUUCUGAAAUAUUGUGACUCGUAUGGCAAAGUUGUUUUUUACUGUUCUUAUUCACUUUUCAUUUUUGUCUAGGGUCUUUAUGGUUUUAGAUUAUCUUAUUGCUCAUAAAAAUUUAGAAGUUCCAACGUUUUGGCAUGCUUGUAAAUGUCAAGUUUCGCAUAGUACUGUUCCUUGAUUGAGUUUGUAUUCGGAAUUGAGAGGUUGAGAUUAAACUGCAUCAAUGCUCUCUUAACGUUUUAAAACAAAAAUGGUGCAUGCGAGGUCUCAGCUGAUAUCAUUCAAGUAGAUUUUGGAAGAUUUAGAAAAGUUUAAAUUAAUUUUAGUGUGUUUGUUCUGAGUAUGCUGUUCAUAAUUUCAACAAAAACUGAUUUAAGUAGCAGACAUGAGAGAGGUCCCAGUAACUUUCCUGCUAAUCAGACGUUGAUCGUCAAUAAGGUUUUCAGAGUCAAGUUGCCCUAAAAUGGUGGUUUAACGUUAACCAGAAGACCAUCACUGGCCUAAGUGGAAGUUAUUUUGACGCGAAACGCACUGAACACAAUAGCUGAGAUGCAAAAGUAAUGUUGUCGCUGCUAGCCGACCAGAACUUGAAAAACGAAUUUUCGAACUACUGGUAGUUAACUUCCAAAUAAAGGGGUAAGAACCAAAAAGAUGUAAGUGCCGUUAUGCUUGUCUGGAAAUAUUCAGAUAUGUUGAUUAUUAAUUGUAAAAUUUGUAAAAACAUUUCAUAUGGGGUUUUUAACCCUCAACCUACCAUGUGAGUCAUCUGGACGCAAAUCACAGACCACUAACUGGGCAGAUAGUAAAACAAGUUAUUUUUUCGAAAUAAUUUAUUAUUGUUAUGUAUAAAGCAAUAUGGAUCCUACUAAUACAUGUAAAGGAGGAAAAACGGUUUGUUUCUAAAUUGGUUUCUGACAACAACAAAUAUCUGGAAAACUAUAUCGUAACUUGACCUAAUUAAACAUGUAUUCUUAAAAGCUCACGAAAAAAAACAUUAGCGACCUAAGUAGGAAAAUGUGUCUGAAACAUUUUUUAGGAACCUAAGCUAUUGAACUCAAAGGAAAAUAACACUGAAAUGCUCCUCUAGCAGAAACUAAUCAACCGUCUUUUUUGCGCAUGUAUUGCAUAGAGGCUUUGAUCACUGCAAGCAAAUCGCCCGUCUACACUGCACACAGAGAUACUUUGUCUUGCGAUCUUUUGCUGCAGGACACAAAUAGCAUGCUUUACGUGUUGUAAGCAAAAGCUCCCCUUCAUUCUGUGUUUCGUUUGUUUCCGGUAGCCUCAAUAUUGCUGCGUAUUUCACGAGGCACUCGGAUCAUUUGCUAGUCUUCUUUCCAUAUUUUAUCGAACUAAUUCAGCAGCCAGUUGUUUUGCAAAUACUGAUUUAUCUUUUAUCACCUCAUUGUCUUUGAAAGCUUGAUGUAAAAUAAAUGAAUUUACAAUAGAUACAUCAAGAAUACGGAAGAAUAUUGCAAGCGGCCAUCUACGUGUUCGCCGGCUUGUCGAACUUUUCGAGCAUUUCUCGUCGAGUGUAUCUACACCGCCUUUGGUCCGGUUAUAAAAACAAAUUAUUUCUGGCUUUUGGGUUUCAGGGUCGGUGUAGCGCCUAUUGUGUAUGGAAGAAACUAAUAGUGUUGCUUUUCCUUUCUUUCCCACAUAAGAAACCAAAGUCAUAUCUUCACGAAAUCCAUACAACGAUGAUCCUUCUUUUCUUUUCUUGUUUGGUAAGAAUUCUGUUGGUACUUCUCGUUUAUUUUUCUUUAGUGUACCUACGGAAGUUAGUCCAUUUUUCAUUAGCAGGUCAACAAGUUCUAUAGAGCUGAACCAAUUGUCAGCAGUUAUAUUUCUGUUACUUCCGAAAAGAGGUUUUGCAAGACACAUCAAUGAUUGUGUCGGCUUAGAAAAUCUUCUUUCUUCUGCAGGCAACCCAAAGCCAUCAGCGUAUUUACCAGUAUAUAUGUAGGCAUUGUAGAGAUAACUAGUUCUGGCGCCUGUAAGGCACAUCACCUUUAUCCCGUAUUUACAGAGCUUAUUAGGCAUAUACAUUUUGAAAUGGACACGUCCUCUGAAACUAACAAGCAUUUCGUCAAUGGUUAGUGACUCCUCUAUACCAUAACAAUUUUGGCAAUUUUCAAUAAAUUCAUAAAAUAUUUCCGAAAUUGCUGCCGCUGGGUCUUCUUUUUUACGAAUCGAUCUUGUAGCUGGGUCAUCAAAACGCGAAGCAAUCAAAAGAUGCAAAUCGAUUCCGGCUCAUUAUGCUUUAUUUAAAAAAUCGCUUAGACCCCUUUUUUAUUUUUAUUUUUUGUAGAAAAAUAUUAUUUUUUUUAACAGGUUUAGCGCCAGGGCACACACCGGUGUCUGCUGUGAGGUUCUCCGACUGGGCCAUGGCAUACACCGGUGUCUGCUCCCGCUUCGCAACUUUAUCGGCUUGGCACGGCCAAGCAGACACGCUCUUAUGUAUUUCAUUAUAACGUUAACAAUUGUUUUAAUUUUUUUGUUACAAAAAGCCUUAAGUUGUGUAAGUGGUCAUUUAUU